AUGAAGAGUCUAAACGGUUCUCAACAUGAGUCUAUGAAGAAGUAUCAUGAUGAAUUGGAAACUUUCUUCAAGGUCACUGGUAUAGCACAAGAGCGUUCAGCAUCAUCAAGAGCUCAAAAGGCAAGAGGAAAGCUACUUAAACUUUCUGAUUCUCAAUUUUAUGAACUAAGUACAGAUGUUUAUGAUGAAUUACAAAGAAGAAUCAGCGAAAAUGACAAUCAAACCGAUCAUCUUUUGCCAAAAGAUGCAUUCCACAUAAAGAGAAAUCAAGCCAGAGAAAAAUUGUCUACCUUAACUAUGACAAGGUUCGGUGAUUUAGUUGACGAUAUAUUAUAUGAGAUUAAAAGAAGAGGAUAUGGUGAAGCUUUAAAUGAUAAAAGUGGAUCGAGUGACGAUUUUAGCAAAAAUCAAGAUGAUUCAAAAUAUAACAAUGAUACAACAGACUUCACUGAAAAUACACAACCAUCGAUUUUAAUCUCUAGAGAUGAAUCGAUUAACUCUCCAAAACCAGAGCCUUCGGGUUUACAAUCCUCAAAUAUCAUACCAAAGAAAGCUUCAAUGGUCUGGUCAUCAGAUGAGGAAGAGGAUGAGCCAAGUACUAAAGACAUUAACACAGAGACAAUUUCUGGUGAGACCAAUACCAGUAACGAUGAAAUUGAGACAAAAGAGGAAGAGGCCAACUCUAUUUUGAAAACGCCAGUAAAUAAAAAGGUAUCAAAUAAGUUCGUUCCUGAUGAAGAUAUCAUGUUUUCCAAACCUCCAAUGGAACAUAUGCAAAUGUCACCAUCAAAUAAUUCUCCUGCUCAUAGUAUAUUUAGUCCAAUCGAGAAAUAUUAUGCUUUUGAUGCUCCAAAAAGUCCGAUUGAAGAACAGACUACUGAUGUUGUAGAAAAGGAAAAGACAGUUGAUGAACAAAGUAAGUAUUCUAAAGAGCAAUAUGAGAAAGUUGAAGAACCGAGUAAAGACAUUGAAAAGGAGGUCCGGAAAUCACUUGAAAAUGAUGAAAACUUCAUAAGAGAGGAUGAAGCUGCUCUACCUAAAUUAAGUAAAGACUUAGAAGAAGGACUUGAUUUUGUUGAUAAUGAAGAUUUAUCAAUUUUAGAAUCAUCAUCACCAGUCAAGUCCUCACCUGCAGUCAAUCCAAUUGAUACCACCAAGUCAGUAAAUAAUGAUCAGUCCAAAUGGAUUCAAAAUGAACCCAUGAAAGCAGAAUUGUGUGAUUUUAGCGAAAAGGUAAGUGCACUUUCAAUAGAGAAUGAGAAACUAAGACAAAGAAUAACAGAACUUGAAAUUAAAGACAAAGAUAAACAACUACAGAGAGCAAAGAAAUCAGCAAAUGCUACACUACCAAAGUACUCAUUAAAUGAAGAAUCGAUUACAAAAUUCAUAUCCGAAGCUGGUCAGAUUCCAUUUUACUUCGUAUCAGAAAUUAAUUUAUCAAUUCAAUCAUUCUUUAGUGUUUUGGAAUCUGAUCAAUCAGACAUUGGUAAUGAACUAUUUGAGAUAUUAUUUCAAUUAACAAACCAAAUAGAUAAAGUUGUUGAAUUAUUCAAAAUUUCACAAUUUAGAGAUCAGUUAACUUUACUGAGGGCUUCUCUAUCUCAUUUGAUCAGUUCAGUAAGAUAUUAUGCAGUCUAUGGUGAAAUCUUACCAAAGAUCACAGUACAAGCUGCUGCUGCUGAAUUAAUAUUUGCCCUCUGUAAAUUAAUUUCGGUUGGUAAAAUUACCCCAAAUGAUAAUUUUGAUUUGACACUUAAUGCAACUUUAAACAACACUGAAGACGAAUCCAUUCCUAACUCUCCAGUUCGUUCAAUUGCAAGUUCUUCUAGACCUAACAUUUCAAUUUCAAUUGAGAAUUCAAGUUUUUUGGAAGAUGAUGGCCAAGAAGAAAUAUCACCUGUUAAGCCACUAAAAAUUACUCAAAAAGCAAACCGUAUUUUAGAGAAAUCAACUUUUAGAAAACCAUCUGGUACUAGUAUGUUUUCUUCCAUUUUGGAAACAAGACCAACAUCAAAAUCCAAUGAAGAAAUAUCUUCUAAGAAAAUUGAUAGACAAGAUAACAAUAGUAAGUCUGUCAAGAGUUCGAUCAGAGCUAUUCAAUCACCAACAAUCACACAGGAGGGUUAUAAUAAUGAUCCUGAAAAAAAUAAAGGUAUUGGUCUAGGCAUUGUAUCAUCAGAAUCUCCAGCAUUUAAAGCAGAUACAUCAUCGGAAAAUCACUCUUCAAAUAGUCCAACCAUUAAAGAUGAAUCCACUUCAAUGGAGCCUAAAGUCAAUACGGUUGACUUUGCAACUGUACGUAAAAUUGAAUCUCCACAUUUAAAUACAAAUAUGAAGAGCAUUGAUAGAGAUGAUAGUGUAAAAGUUAAUGGUCCAGAUAUCUCUGUAACAAGUCCAGACACUGAACAUAAUAGCCGCGAAUUGAAAAAUGACAAAAAUAUGGAUGAACAUGGUGAUUCAACUUUGAGAAAUGAAACUCAUAUGCAUAAAGACCUAGAUACAGACAAUGAUAAUACUGAAUUUGAAUUUGUUACUGUUGAUGAGCCUGGAACGACUGAAUCUUCCGAACCUUCUUCAAAAUCAACCGACAUAAACGAUAUAGAGGAUGAUAAUAGUGAAACAGAAGUUAGUGAUGAAUUUGAUAUUGAAAAUUUUGAAGUUAAUAAUCCAGAAAAUACAUUAUCGGAACUUUUGUCUUAUGUCGAGCAUCAAACAGUAGAAGUAAUCUCUACCAUUCAAACUUUGUUAACUUCUAUAAAGGACACUAGUUCAACAAAAGGUGGUUUGAAAAGAGAAGCAUUUGAUAUUAAUAAUGUCAUCAGUCAGAUGGUUAGUGCAACUAGCAUAUCUAUGGAACAAACCCGUAAUUAUCAUUUGAAAGAACACGGUAGUUGGGUUGUUCAAAGUCUUGAAGAUUGUAGCCGUAGAAUUAUUACCUUAUGUGAAUUUAAUGAGGAUGGUUUAAUACAAGAAAAUGCUUCAGAUAAUGAGUAUGCUGAUAAACAAUUUAAACAAAGAUUAGCAGGCAUUGCUUUUGAUAUUGCAAAGUGUACUAAAGAGCUGGUGAAGAGUGUUGAAGAGGCUAGCUUGAAGGAAGAAUCUUCAAACUAA